GGCCUUCACCAUCAUUUGCUGAUCGAUCCAGAACUGGUUGAUAGGAGUCAGAAGAAAUGUAACAAGUCUUGUAUAGUUCUCUCUUGGUAGUCCAAAGAAAAGGAGAAAUCAAUACAAAGGUUAAGUCUGGUACAUCACAGUAUCAUACUAUCACAGACCGAGCAUCCUGAAGUCCAAAUUAUCUCAUGUUGCAUCAUAUUUUCUUUAUCGGACACGUAGGAGAGCUACAUAUCAUUAUUAUCGAGAAAAGAAUGUUUUUUUAACAUGCAGAAGAGCCAUGUGGCUCAUGUUGCACCGCAAUCCAUAACAAGGACGCAUAGAUAGAUUAACCCAGUGUUGGAAGUCAAAUUGAGCAGCGCGGACAGUCCGGCGCUGAGGCCGGACGGUCCGCGGUCCGGACAGUCCGCGGUGGUGGCGCGGACGGUCCGCGCGCGCGCAGAGUCAGUUAGGGUUCCUAGUUUCUCGCGAGAUUUGUUACCUAAAACCGCGGGAUUAACUCGGGAAACAGUUGGAAACGGAUCCAGACCUCCCCUUUAUAUAGAUGAAGGGCUACGGCCGAUUGAACCCCCCAACAAUCGAACAAAUCAAGUCUAUUUCUCGUUUUUACCUUACGCAUUAGGAAUAGUUCUAGUCUAGUUCUAGUUUAGCCUCUCAAUCCCCAAAUUCUCCGCCUCUCUUCGACUCUACGUCGAUUAGAGGAGUCUAGGUCGGUCUGCCGAGCCUAGACAACACCUAGGAUCUCUCCUCCCCGACGGGGUCCCUCCCGGGAGCGAGAUCCAGGCGUCGCCGGCGACUUUCGCCGGCCCCUGCGCACGCGCGGACCGUCCGGCCUGUAGGUGCGGACCGUCCGGCCGUCAGGCAGGGAACCUUUGCCCCUGCUCCAGGUCGCGGACCGUCCGGUCCCUGGUCGCGGACCGUCCGCGCCUGUGCAGAGAGCACCGCCGCCGGUUCUUGUUGAGUGUUUGGCGCCCGAAAAAGGUGUCAACAUACUUUUGGCGACUCCGCUGGGGAAGGUGUUUAGAUCUACUAAAAAUCAGGCCCUCAAAUGGCCGGUUCUAAAGAUCACACCGAUAUCUCCCCGGACAAUAUCCUGAAGCCGGCUGUUGAAAGUCUGACGACCGAUGAGCAACAGCAAUACGAGGACUACAUGCGUCAAGCGAGGGAGAAAUUCUUAUCACAAUACACGGUGGAUCGCCACCAAAAAGUUGUCAAACAUGGAGAGACUGACGUCGCAUCUCUUCUAUCUUCGCUUCAAGUCCCCAACACUUAUCUGCCAAGCAAAAUGCCUGCGGCAUUGGUGCCUUACCGGCAGGACGAGCUCAAGAUUCUCCGCGGCGACGAUAAUCCUGGACCAUACAAGGAGCACGACCGCGUCUACCGUUACGACUACUACAACGACCUCGGUGAGCCAGACAAGGGUGAAGACCAUGCCCGGCCUGUCCUCGGGGGCAGCCAAGAACACCCGUAUCCCCGUCGCUGCAGGACCGGCCGGCGUCCAACAGAGACAGACCCCAACUCGGAGAGCAGGCUGUUUCUGCUGAACCUGAACAUCUACGUCCCGCGCGACGAGCGGUUUGGGCAUCUCAAGAUGUCGGACUUCCUCGGGUACUCACUGAAGGCGAUCAUCGAGGCUGUCCUUCCGACGCUGGGGACGUUCGUCGACGAUACGCCCAAGGAGUUCGAUUCGUUCGAAGACAUCCUUGGGCUCUACGAGCCGGGUCCAGAGGCGCCCAACAACCCACUGGUAGCAGAGGUCAGGAAGAGAAUCCCCAGCGAGUUCCUCAGAAGCAUUCUGCCCAAUGGUAGCCAUGACCACCCCCUGAAGAUGCCCCUUCCAAAUAUCAUCAGAUCAGAUGUGUUGAAAAAGGCUCCAGAGUUUAAGUUUGGCUGGAGGACCGACGAAGAGUUUGCGAGGGAGACGCUUGCAGGCGUGAACCCAGUGCUCAUCAAACGUCUGACGGAGUUCCCAGCUAAAAGUACCCUGGACCCAAGUCAAUACGGAGACCAUACGAGCAAGAUCACCGAAGCUCACAUCCAGCAUAACAUGGAAGGCCUGUCAGUGCAGAAUGCACUGAAGAAGAACAGGCUCUUCAUCCUAGACCACCAUGACCAUUUCAUGCCGUACCUCAACAAGAUCAACGAGUUGGAGGGGAACUUCAUCUACGCCAGCAGGACCCUACUGUUCCUGAAGGACGAUGGCACGCUGAAGCCCCUGGCCGUCGAGCUGAGCCUGCCCCACCCUGAUGGCCAGCAGCACGGCGCGGUCAGCAAGGUGUACACCCCAGCUCACUCCGGCGCUGAGGGCCACGUCUGGCAACUUGCCAAGGCUUAUGCCUGCGUGAACGACUCCGCCUGGCAUCAGCUGAUCAGCCACUGGCUGAACACGCACGCGGUGAUCGAGCCGUUCGUCAUCGCAACGAACCGGCAGCUGAGCGUGGUGCAUCCAGUGCACAAGCUGCUGAGCCCACACUACCGUGACACGCUGAACAUCAACGCCCUGGCACGCCAGACGCUCAUCAACGCCGACGGCAUCUUCGAGCGCACCGUGUUCCCUGCAAAGUACGCGCUGGGGAUGUCCUCCGACGUGUACAAGAGCUGGAAUUUCAACGAGCAGGCUCUCCCAGCAGACCUCGUCAAGAGAGGUGUGGCUGUGCCGGACCAGUCGAGCCCCUACGGUGUCCGGUUGCUGAUCAAGGACUACCCUUACGCCGUGGACGGGCUGGUCAUCUGGUGGGCGAUCGAGCGGUGGGUCAAGGAGUACCUGGACGUCUACUACCCCAACGACGGCGAGCUCCAGCGCGACGUGGAGCUGCAGGCGUGGUGGAAGGAGGUGCGCGAGGAGGCGCACGGCGACCUCAAGGACCGAGACUGGUGGCCCAGGAUGGACGCCGUCCAGCGGCUGGCCAGGGCGUGCACGACCGUCAUCUGGGUAGCGUCCGCGCUGCACGCGGCCGUCAACUUCGGGCAGUACCCGUACGCCGGGUACCUGCCGAACCGGCCGACCGUGAGCCGGCGGCCGAUGCCGGAGCCGGGCAGCGACGACUACAAGAAGCUGGAGGCGGGGCAGAAGGAGGCGGACGCGGUGUUCAUCCGCACCAUCACCAGCCAGUUCCAGACCAUCCUGGGCAUCUCGCUCAUCGAGAUCCUCUCCAAGCACUCCUCCGACGAGGUGUACCUCGGCCAGCGCGACGAGCCUGAGCGCUGGACGUCGGACGCCAGGGCGCUGGACGCGUUCAGAAGGUUCGGAAGCCGGCUGGUGGAGAUCGAGAAGCGGAUCAGGACGAUGAACGACAGCCCGACGUUGAAGAACCGGAAGGGGCCGGUGGAGAUGCCGUACAUGCUGCUGUACCCCAACACGUCGGAUGUCACCGGCGAGAAGGGCGAGGGGCUCACUGCCAUGGGCAUUCCCAACAGCAUCUCCAUAUGAGCCUCCUCACUGCCUGAGCGGAUGGUUUGUAGAUGUUCUGUUACGCUGUGUGUAAUGUGUCGUUUAUUCGUUGGUUUUGUCAGUCUCAGGGUAGGGAAUGGAGAUGUUGAUUGGAUCCAUGAUCUGUAGGGUUGAGAGAGGAGUCACGUCUGGAGAAUGUUGUCAAUGUGUGUUUCUUUCUUGUUAAGAAUAAAAGUUCGUCAGCUCAUUUAUCUCUAC